GGGCGGGGUUCGGGCUCCAGCUGCUGCGGCCGCAGGUUCCCGAGCGGGUCGCAGCCGCCCUGGGCGCGCCGCGCACAGCUCCCCCGGCGCCGGGUCCUCCCACCAGUGUCCGCGCGGCUCUCCCGGCUCGGCCAGGCCCCGAGGGCACAGACAAAGAGGCUUGUGCGCGAGCGGGGGCCCCGUUUACCUGCAGUUGCCGGGAACCACAGGCUCCAAGAUGGUUUGCGGAGGCUUCGCGUGUUCCAAGAACUGCCUCUGCGCGCUCAACCUGCUCUACACCUUGGUGAGUCUGCUGCUCAUCGGAAUUGCUGCCUGGGGCAUUGGCUUCGGGCUGAUUUCCAGUCUCCGGGUGGUCGGCGUGGUCAUUGCCGUGGGCAUCUUCUUGUUCCUGAUUGCCUUGGUGGGGCUGAUCGGCGCUGUGAAACACCACCAGGUGUUGCUCUUCUUUUACAUGAUCAUUCUCUUACUUGUAUUUAUUGUUCAAUUUUCUGUAUCGUGUGCUUGUUUAGCCCUGAACGAGGAGCAACAGGGUCAGCUUCUGGAAGUUGGUUGGAACAAUACAGCAAGUGCUCGUGAUGACAUCCAGAGAAAUUUGAACUGCUGUGGGUUCCGAAGUUUUAACGCAAAUGAUACCUGUCUGGCUAGCUGUAUGAAAAGCGGCCACCCCUGCUCCACGUGUGCUCCGAUAAUCGGAAAAUAUGCGGGAGAGGUUUUGAGAUUUGUCGGGGGCAUUGGCCUGUUCUUCAGUUUUACAGAGAUUCUGGGUGUUUGGCUGACCUACAGAUACAGGAACCAGAAAGAUCCUCGUGCUAACCCUAGUGCAUUCCUUUGAUGAGAAAGCCAGGAAAACGUCUCACAUUCUGAUCUUGUUCCCAGCUAACUUUAAGUUACGUUAAUUUGCCUGUUUAAGGAAACAGUAUCUGAAAAAUUUCAUUAUUGACAGUGGAUUUGUAUAUUUUUACUCUUAUGUCACUCUGAAUGUUUUUCUUUUUCCAUUGCUGAAAAACAAAAAGAAACUUGUGGUCUCUCUGAACCUCAGUGGUACCUGUAACCUACUGUAUUCACAGUGUCCGGCACUGUCCACUGUGGCCUUUCUUGGCUUUUUUUAUCUGCAGAAACACUUUGUAUGGCACUACUGUGUUAAUCAUAUUGUGAUUCUAAAUACACAUCUGACUGGAAUAACUCAUUGUAUGUAGCACUGUGCUGUGUAGAUAGUUCCUAUUGGAAAAAAAAAGAGUUCAAGUUUAUUAAAGCCAGUAAGUAUGAGAUUCUGUUAUGUUAAGUUCAGAACGGGAAAUCAAAUUCCCAAUUUUUUUGUGUUUUUAGAAAGUAUGUUUUGUGGUGAAAAUUAACAUAAAAGUGAUAAUGUAGUUCUAGUGGUCUUUUAUGAUUACACUAAUGUAUUCUAGAGGUAGCUAUGUCUUUAGGAAAGUUUGGUUUAGUUUUUGAGUUUUACAGGUAAGUGCGAAGGAGAAAUGGUCUCAUGAAUGCUCUAAUGUGUAACAUUUGCCUUCAGCCUCCAAAAUGGAAUGCGUUUGAGAAAUUCAGAAAGUAUAUCUGUGUAAUCUUGAUAUUCUUUUAUAGUAAUUUGAAGUCCAAAAGACUGCAUUUUUAAACAAGUUACUGUUAAUGCUUCGGCCCACGUAGCAAAAAGAUAUUUGAUUAUCUACAAAUUGUUAAAUAAAUUUUUCAUGAAAUUUUUCAGUAUUGUAACAUCAGCUUGUCAAAUCCAAGCAUAUUUCAAUGUGACCUCCCAUAAUUUGAAAUUGAAAUAGUAUUGUGGGUUCUGUAUAUUAUGUUAAAAAAUUAAAGGAAGGUAACCUUUCUUCGUGUAUGAGUGCUUGAAUUAAAAUAAAGUAAUGGAAGAAUUGAACACGUGAA